CGACCCCUGACCUCCAAAGCCGGAAGAGCAUGGAAGGAAUAUCGUCUCAGUCAUAAAACUUUUGAUGUAAGUUAAUGGGGUUUUGUUGAAACUUUAAGCAGUGUGUCAUAUUUUAUUGACCUGUCGCCAUCGACAGGUUGUAGAGGGGUGUAUACUACGCGGGAAAAUAGACAAAUCGAUAUUCCAGUCAAAGAGAUAUGCAAUGUCAUUCCGUGUGAUGCUGGUUGACGUGUUCCAAUGAGGAGGCCUAAAACUGUACCGGGUGUUUUGUAAACAUUUACGCCAUAGGGGUUCAGCGCAGAGAAGGUGUCACGCACUCACUGUUUGACGAGCAGUGGUUUCACGCAGUCACAGUUUGCCACGAGUCCCAGGCGAAGACUCUGCCGAAAUGGCCAGUACCGCUUCAGCCAAGGUCAAUAAUAACUCAAAGACCGUCAUCACGGACGCCCAGAGCAUGACGCCCCAGGAGGAGAAACGGAUGAAUCGUGUCUACACACGUGUGUUUCUCAUGCUACUCCUGGACCUCAUCGCCUUCACUGUCAUCCUACCACUGCUCCCUGGGCUGCUUCAACACUAUGGAGAAAAUGAUUCAAGUGGCUUGUACUACCUGUUGAGGAAAACGUCAUCAGGUUUCCGGUCUUUCUGUGGAAUCAAGGACGAAAAUGCUGACGCUGUCUUUCUUGGAGGGAUGGUGAGCUCCCUAUUCUCGUUCCUGCAGUUUUUGUCCUCACCGAUUAUCGGUGCUGCAUCCGAUGUGUACGGCCGGCGCAGGAUGAUGAUGCUAUGCAUGGCUGGUGUGGCGUUGUCAUACGUCCUGUGGAUGCUGUCGCACAAUUUUGCAUUGUUUGUCCUUGCUCGCUUUGUCGGCGGCAUCAGCAAGGGCAACAUCGGCCUCUGCACUGCCAUCAUCGCUGAUGUCUCUAACAAGGAGAAAAGAGGGAAAGGCAUGGCUUUGAUAGGCAUAGCCUUCUCCCUGGGCUUCAUCAUUGGACCUGCAGUGGGAGGAGGGUUCUCUGCUCUCACGCGGCACGAGGAGAAGGGAAUAUUCUACCUGUUUCCAGCCUUGUUUGCCUUCAUCCUGACGGUGUCCGAUAUCCUCUUCAUAUACCUCUUCCUGGAGGAGACUCUACCAAGCUCUAAAAGGGUGCAGGAUACGUCUUAUAUAUGGGAGAAUGCUGGCAAAUUCAUCAACACAAAGUCCAUCUUUCAAUUUGAACCUGUGCAAAUGGGAUCAGAAAGUAAGAAGUCUAUACAACGCAUCGGUCUUGUCUAUUUCCUGUACAUGUUCAUCUACUCUGGCCUCGAGUUCACCUUGCCCUUCCUCAUGACCUUCCGGUUUGGAUACAACAAUCGAGGACAAGCGAAGAUGUUUCUCAUGAUCGGUGUGAUCAUGUUCCUUGUACAAGGCUGUUACACGCGGAAAGUGAAGGCCGGAAGAGAGAGGUCUGUGGCCAAACGGGGAAUGAUGCUUCUGAUGCCCGCGUUCUUCAUCCUGGGUAUAUCCCGGUGGGAGAUGUACAACAUGAUUGUGUUCCCUCUAUUUGCGUUUGCCUCAGCAACAGUUGUGCCGUGCAUGACGACCAUGGUAUCAGUGUGCGGUGGGGAUGACCAGAAGGGCAUCAUCAUGGGCAUCUUCCGCUCCCUCGGGGCACUGGCACGAGCCACAGGGCCCCUCUUCUUCUCCGCAAUUUUCUGGCUCAUGGGAGAUCACUGGUGUUACAAUAUUGGAGCUGUGUCACUAAUCAUUCCACUCCUGCUGCUGAGAUCGAAGGAGAGGAAAGAGGACUGAGCAGCCAUGUUGAAAUUGUCGGCCAUCUUGGAAUGUCUGACACACAUAUCGGUCUUAUGUCAAACGACGUCCAAAAUAAGAUUCUGGUGCUUCAGAAGAUAUUUUGUCCUUUUUUCAGAAAAUAUGAAUUGUAAAUAAUGAAUUUGGAGUAGAAAGUAAGACUAAAUCAAAGUGUUCAGCUAUUCGAACAUAAACUCGAGAUAAAAAAUCAAAAGAAAAUAUUACUGAAAAAAGUGAUAUAAACAUUAAGGUAGUUUAUUAACAAACAUCAUAAAUCUGAUACUAUCUAUUGCAUCAGGGUUUUUUUGCCUCAUAAAGAAGUCAUGAUUAAUGAAUAGAUAUUAGUUAUCUAUAUAUCUUUUGUAAAUAUUUUUGAAUUUUCUAUUUUUACAGUAUGACUGAGAAUAAAUUAUUUUUUGGUAAUAUGUAUAGAUGGAAGUUAGAAAUGUAUACAUACAAUAUUUGAAAGUGGACAAAAAUGUCAGUCAGUGAGAGUAUAAGUGUUUCGCAUUAUCCAUGUCAACCGA